GAGUAAGUCACAAGUGUGUAUGGACUUCAAGCCAGUAGAGGAUUUUCCCCGCGCUGCUUUUGGAAUUCCUGUUCUGUUUCACAGUGUGUUGGCGGAUCAGCACUUGUCAAAGAAAUGCUGAUGGAUCCUCCUGUUAUGCAAGCUGAUUGCCAGUUACAGAAUGAUGUGGAGAAAAUGCCAUCGAUUGCUUAUGAUAGGAAGCAUACCAUGCCACAUGAUAAUUAUGGGUGGCAAGGUCCUGGUGUUCAUCUAACAGAUGACGCACAUAACCCUGUUGAAGUCAACAAUUCUUCUUCUCGGAAAGGCGCAAAUGAGAAAUCGGAUGGUUCCUCUGAAAAUUCUUCUGUCAGUUUGGAUGGUUUACCUCACGUGAGCUAUUUCGUACCACAUAAAGAAAAGAAUGGUGAGGAUGCUUACUUCAAUGAUGUAAGAUUUCAGUUGAAUAUAAACAUGGAGGAUAAUGGCUCCCCAAGCGAGGAUACCAACUGCAAUAAGGAGGAUUUACAUCAUUCUCAGGAAGAGAUGCAUGCACCUACCGGUAGAGUGACAGGACUUAGGGCAUGCCAGUCAAAUGGAGAUGCCAAACAGAAUGCAAAUGUUUAUGGAGAAAGUAAGGGUGUUGGGAGUGCAAUUGUAAGGAAGGAAGUCAGGGCUGACAUGGUAGGGUCUCAUGUAGUGCAAAAGGAAUCACAUUGCACAGUUGAAGAUGUUUCAGAAUUAGCAAACGACAUUGGUUUGGUAUAUAAAAAAUCUCAGGAAGAGAAUGAGACAUCUGUCUCACCUAAAAAUGGCAUGGAUCUGUUUGUUCAUAACAACAGUUCUAAUGGUAAUACUGCUGGCGGAGAGAUGGAUAUUGAAGAUCAUGCUGGGGCACUUUGGGUAAAGUGGAGAGGAAAAUGGCAAACAGGAAUUCGAUGCUGUAGAGUAGACUGUCCUUUAUCUACUCUCAAGGCAAAACCAACGAUUGACAGAAAGAGCUAUAUCGUUGUUUUCUUCCCACGAACUAGAACUUAUUCUUGGGUCGACAUGCUUCUCGUUCUUCCAAUUGAUGACAAUCCCGUGCCACUUGUGAAUGGAACUCAUCGCAAAUGGCGAAAGCUUGUGAAGGAUUUGAGUGUUCCUCGACGAUUCAUCAUGCAGAAACUUGCCAUCUCAAUGCUGAAUGUUGGCGAUGAACUUCACACAGAGGCCAUAAUUGAGAAUGCUCGGAAGGCGACAGCUUGGAAAGAAUUUGCUCAGGAAGCAUCAUGCUGUGGAGAUUAUACUGAUCUUGGGAAGAUGCUUGUCAAACUGCAAAACAUGAUUCUUCCAGACUACACAAGCUCUCAUUGGCUGCAAAGUUCUUUCGACUUGUGGGUCCGGAAGUGUAAUGUUGCUCAUGAUGCUGAGACUGUUGAAAUCCUUGUGGAGGAACUUAGGCAAGCUGUUCUUUGGGACAAGGUUGAUGAAUUGUGGAAUGCACCAAUGCAGCCUGAGUUAUUGCCAGAGUGGAAAACAUGGAAGCAAGAAGUCAUGAAACAGUUCUUUUCAUCACAUUCUGUAGGUAACACGGGCAACUUUGAACAAAGCAAUAGCUAUGAUGAUCCAGGUAUGGAUCAACAAACUCGCAGAAAGCGUCCCAAACUUGAAGUACGCCGAGGAGAAACACAUUUUUCUCGCAUGGAUGAUGCUAACUGCAGCACUCCAAGUGAGAACCCAAAUGGUAAUAACCUCCCUAGUAGACCUGUUGCCGAUGGAAAUAUAGAAGCACCAGUAUCAAUGAAUCAGAAUAACACUGUUACCUUCCUAAGUAAUUCCGAGCCCCGUGAGAUUGCAGAAUCAGGCAGCAUCAUCCCAGCUUUACAGAAUGCCAGACAUGAGUUUGAUUCAUUCAAGAAUUCUAGGCAGUGUUCUGCAUACAUAGAAACAAAGGGAAGACAGUGUGGCAGGUGGGCGAAUGAUGGUGAUAUUUACUGUUGUGUGCAUCAAAGUAUGCAUUUUGUUGACCAUUCUUCUUGGGAGGACAGGGCACUUACUAGUGAUACUGCAGUGUGCACUGGUAUGACUAAUCUGGGUAGGCAAUGCAAGCAUCGAGCUCAGCAUGGUUCUGUUUUCUGCAAAAAGCACCGUACCCAGACAAACCUGGAUACAGUAAGCUCAGAUAAUUUAUUCAGUUCAGCUGAGGGUCUUCAUAAGAAGGAAGAGUCUCCAAAUAAAGGGACGGAAAAGGAUUGCAACUCGAAUGCAAUAUGUGUCGUAGGCUCAGAAACCGCAAGUGGUUCCCAAGUUUCUGUUCAAGUUAAAUUAAUCCCAGCCAUUUCCGAAGAGAUUUCAGGUGAUAAAGCUCCUGGAUUGGAGAGCACUGAUUUGCUCUACCCCAUCUCAGCUUCCAUGGCAACAGCUAAUUUGGAUACCCACCUUUGCAUUGGAAUUCUUUCUUAUGACAACAUUGUUGAAUGCCAAGAUUACGCCAAGCGGCACACACUUUACUGUGACAAACACCUUCCAAAGUUCCUUAAACGUGCCAGGAAUGGAAAGAGUCGACUCAUCUCUAAAGAUAUCUUUAUCAAUCUGUUGAAAUGCUGUGCAUCAAGGAAAGAAAAAUUAUGUCUACAUCGAGCAUGUGAGUUUCUUUAUUCAUUCUUAAGAAACAACAUCUCUCGUCAACAUUCUGGUCUUGAUAGCGACUAUAUGCCGCAAAUACUAGCUGAAGUUUCUAAAGAUCUUGAUGUUGGAGAAUUUUUGCUAAAGUUGAUAUCUAGUGAAAGAGAAAAACUUUCAAACCUUUGGGGCUUUGGUGCAAAUGAAUCGAAGCAAAUAUUACUUGAUAACACAGAGGGGCCUAUGAUGGUAUUACAAGAAGAAAUAACUAAUCCUUCAGCUGGUCUGAAGUGCAAAAUAUGUUUUCAGGAUUUCUCUGAUGGUCAAUGUCUUGGGUUACAUUGGACAGAAGUUCACAGAAAGGAGACUCGAUGGCUAUUCAGAGGGUAUUCCUGUGCUGUUUGCAUGGACCCAUUUACGAACAGAAAAGUUCUUGAAAAACAUGUACAGGAAAGACAUGGUGCUCAAUUUCUGCAGUAUUCGAUUCUCUUCCGGUGUAUGUCGUGUAACAGCAAUUUCUUGAACAUGGAUCUGUUAUGGCAACAUAUUGUAUCAGAUCAUAUCCACGAGUUCAAGCUUCUCGAUGCCCCUCAACGACCAAAAGGUCCGUCUGUUAAAAGAACAGAAGGGACAAGUAUCAAGGCUCUUUAUGAUAACCAUAACCCUGGAAAGGAUGAUGGCUCUCAGAACUUAACCUGUAGACUAUGUGGAUUGAAAUUCGAUCUACUGGCAGAUCUUGGACGUCACCAUCAAGUUGCUCAUAUGGACCAAGGCACCGUUGGCCUGGUGCCACCAGGACGUGGGAAGUAUCAACUCAACCGUGGUCGACACUACUAUUCUGCCUUCAAGAAAUCCUUACGGCCAUCAAGUUCACUAAAGAAAAGGAGUAGUUCUGGUAUUGAGAAACAUUUUAAGAUUUCAAGCUCUGAUCUAUCUAUGAUAACAUCACAAAUGGAUUCUGAAACAGCAAACCUUGGUAAGUUGCUGGAUUUCCAAUGCUCAGAUCUGGCGCAAACUCUAUUUUCAAAGAUACAAAAGACAAGACCUCAUCCAAGUAAUCUUGACAUUUUAUCUGUGGCCCGCUCUGUAUGCUGCAAGACAAGUCUUCUUGCUGCAUUGGAUGUUAAAUAUGGAACCAUGCCUGAGAACAUAUUUGUGAAAGCUGCAAAGCUUUGUAGUGACAUUGGCACCCAAAUCAAUUGGCAUCAAGAGGAGUUCAUUUGCCCCAUGGGAUGCAAAUCUGAACAUAGUACAAAUACCCUGCCACCUUUACAGCAUACCCAAGUUGAUAUUCCCGUAGUUCCUUCUAUGAUGAAUCCUCCAGAUAAUGAUGGAACGUGGGGCAUGGAAGAAUACCAUUAUGUUCUUCAUUCAGAGGACUUCAGGUGGAAGCUUAAAAAUGAGAGGGUUGUUCUUUGUGAAGAUGUAAGCUUUGGUGGCGAGAAAUUCCCAAUUGUCUGUGCCAUUGAUGUUGAUGCAAAAGUAUCUCUGCCUAUGAAACCUGAUGAACUAUUGCAGCAUUUCAGUUCUGUGCCAUGGCAAGGUUUUCAAUACGUCACAGUGCGUUUGAUGGAUUCAUCCCUUAUUGAUUCAGAGGAUUGUCUGGUCAGCUGUGCAUGUUCUCAUGCCCAUUGCUCUCCUGGGAAAUGCGAUCAUGUGAACCUCUUCGACAGUGUCCAUGAGAACCCAGUGGAUGUCUAUGGUAUACCCAUGCAUGGCAGAUUUGCUUAUGAUGAAAAUAGUAAAAUCAUUUUGCAGGAAGGAUAUCCAAUAUAUGAGUGCAAUUCGGUGUGCGCCUGUGAUGCAUCAUGUCCAAAUAAAGUAUUGCAGCGAGGGCUGCUGAUUAAGAUGGAAAUCUUCAGAACUGAGAAUAAGGGUUGGGCUGUUAGAGCGGCAGAACCUAUUCCACGGGGCACUUUUGUGUGCGAGUAUGUUGGGGAGGUUGUGAAGAAUGACGAUGCCAUGAGAAACAUUGAAAGUGAGGCAAAAGGUGGAUGCAGCUACUUGUUUGACAUCGCUUCACAUAUUGACCGGGAAAGAGUUAAGACUUUAGGGGCUUCCCCGUACAUGAUUGAUGCUACAAGAUAUGGGAAUGUAUCCCGCUUUAUUAAUCAUAGCUGUGCGCCUAACCUCAAUACCCGUUUAGUUAUGGUGGAGAGCAAAGAUUGCCAGCUAGCUCACGUUGGCUUGUUUGCUAAUCAAGAUAUUGCUGCUGGAGAGGAACUGUCCUAUGACUAUCGACAAAAGCUGGUACCUGGCGAUGGCUGCCCUUGCCAUUGUGGAGCUCAGAAUUGCCGAGGCCGUGUUUAUUGAUAUUGCAGGGUGAGCAAAUAAGAGGAAUGGUUCAUUGCUUAGUAGUGCAUCUUCAGAAGCUUGUAGAAUGUUGAUCACUUAGCAACAGAUAGCAUUGUUUUUCCUAGAGCUUGAAUGCAGGGGUAGCCGGGUAGGAUCUCAUUCUUGAUGCAACCAAUUGAAUGCAGGGGCAGUAUCUCGUUCUGCAGGCAACCGAUAGUGUUUGUGAUAUAGGACUCACAACAGUGACUAGGUACACCAUAGAAUUAAUUUUAGUCAUGGCACUUAACUGGUGAUUUGUUAGAAGCGGCCAAAAAUUAGAGCAAUUCAGGCUGCAUUCCUUUUUAGGCAAGAAGUCAGUGUCUUUGUAAAAUAUGUUCAUUCAAUUUUUACUGCUCAUAAGCUCCAUUGUCGAGGUUGAAGCAAGAAUCUUUACUUGUUAAUCGGCUGAUGAUGGUGGAGUUUUA